AUGGCUGUAAAUCUUCUGACCAACGUACAAGAUGCACUUCAAGGAUUCCCUGUGACUUCGCUGCAUUGUUGGCUUGACAGCAGCGUUGCCUUACAUUGGAUACUAGGAGGAGGAGACUAUAAGCAGUUUGUGGCCAACCGGGUACGAAAAAUUAGAGAACACUCUGAUGUUGUCUGGAGGCACGUACCUACUCAGGAUAAUCCUGCAGAUCUUGCUAGCCGAGGUGGACUGGUGACUGAGGAGAACCAACUGUGGUGGAAGGGACCAGAGUGGCUAAGUGAUCCUGCGAAAUGGCCAGCCGACCUUGUGACCGCGCCCACCGCUGAAUCUAACGCAGAAAUGAAAGCUACAAAGGAGCUCUUUGCCAUGGCCGUUAAAGCUGAUGACGAUCUAGACCAUCUUCUGGCCAAGCACAACUACUGGAAGACUUUGCGAGUGUGCGCUUGGAUUAUGCGGUUCGCAAACAACGCUAGAGCGAAAAGAGCGACAAGAACAAAGGGACCCCUGACAACAGACGAAAUUGAGAAGCAGAAACACUUUUGGUUGCUACGCGUACAGAGCCGGGGAAGUGAAAGCAUGGAGGAAGAUCGCCUGUGCCUAAACUUACAGAAGAACAAAGAUGGAUUGCUUGAGUGCCGUGGGAGACUGCAAGGGGUCUAUCCGAUAUACAUCCCAGACGCCACAACGUUCGCAAACAAAUAUGUCGAACACGUCCACAAAGCCACUCUUCACGGGGGAGUGGGGCUUACUAUGGCUAAAGUGAGAGAAGAGUUCUGGAUUCCCCGCCUGAGGCGCCUCGCGAAGAAAGUCAUCAGGGAGUGUUAUGGGUGCAAACGCUUCCAGGCUGUUGCUCUCGCAGCUCCACCCCCCGGUUUAUUGCCUCUGGAGAGAACUGAGGGCUCAACUCCCUUUGAAAUUGUUGGCGUAGAUUUUGCUGGGCCGAUUAAGUACCGCAAGUCCUCUCGUGUAGAAGGAAAAGGCUAUCUGGUGCUCUACACGUGCAGUUUAACGAGAGCCUUGUACUUGGAGGUCCUUCCUAAUCUGGAAACUACUACCUUUCUUUCAAGCUUGAAGCGUUUCAUCGCUAGACGUGGACGACCUUUAAAGAUCUUUUCAGACAAUGGAAAAACGUUCGUAGGAGCGGCAAACCUACUGAAAGGAAUCCAGAAAGAUGAGCAAGUUCAAGGCUCCCUUGCAUCGGAGAAAAUUAUCUGGAGGUUUAACCUAAGUCGAGCACCCUGGUGGGGUGGCCAGUUUGAGCGACUAGUGGGCCUCUUCAAACGUGCAUUCUAUAAAGUAAUUGGUGGAGGAAUGCUAUCCUGGUCAGAGCUGUGCGAAGUCGUGCUGGAUGUUGAAACUCAACUAAAUCGCCGCCCCCUGUCCUAUGUAGAAGAUGACGUCCAGCUCCCUCUACUCACCCCAUCUUCUUUCCUAUUCCAAAGAUGUAUUCGCCUCCCUGAACAAGAACCAUGGCGAGAGGAGGCAACUGACCUACGAAGGCGUGCCAAGUAUUUGAGGUCUUGUAAGGACGCUGUGUGGAGACGCUGGUCUCGAGAGUACUUGGCGGCGCUCAGAGAGCGUCACAACUGCAAUGGAAAAGGCAAGGCGAGGCCCUUAAAGCCUGGUGACGUCGUUCUCAUUCGUUCAGAAGAAACCGAGGAAAGUGGCCAUUAG